AAAUAUAGCCUAGGUAUGAAUGGCUCUUGGCUGUAGCAGCGACUUGACCUCCACUUCAACAGACCUGACCUCAGACAUAAGCAUAAACACAAACAAACCUUCACCUUUCUCUGCCUUCCGUUACCCCUCGGUUCCCCAGGUGUCGGUGUGGAGGGCCCUGUUCGGCAAGGACAAGCUGGAGCAGGCCAACGACUACGACAAGAUCUACUAUAUCAUUGAGAAAGAGCCCCUGAUCAACGCCUUCACCUCGGUGCCCAAAGAAAACAGCACGCUCAACUGUGCCGCUUUCACCGGGGGCGCGGUGGAGGCCAUUCUAACACACAGCGGCUUCUCCGCCAAGGUCACGGUGCACCGGCACAAGUGCACCACUCUCAUGAUCAAGUUUGAUGAGGCCGUCAUCGCCCGAGGCAAGGCACUGGAGGGAAGGAAGCUAGUUGAAAGUACAGUAUUCAUUCAUUCAUUCAUUCAUUCAUUCAAAGGACCUACUCUAGAGGCAGAUGAAAGGGAGGAGUAGCAGUAUGGACAGAGAGGAGUGUGGAUUGAGCAGCUCAGUGAUGUGCUAGUAGUUCACUGGUGAAAAAACAGAAAUGGUCACAAAUGAAUGCACUUCAUCCUGGACUGGUUGUUCAGCAAGAUGUCAAAUGGAAUCCCCUGAUUGAACAGAAUAAUAUA